CCCAGCAACGACGCACACACAUCGACGACAAGACACUCUUACGUAGCACGCUCGCUCUUGCACUCGCAGCAAUGCCGGCCAUGGUGGCGCAGGAGGCGGAGCGCGCGGGGGAGGCGCCGCACUUCCUCGUGGUCACGUUCCCGGCGCAGGGCCACAUCAACCCGGCGCGCCACCUCGCGCUGCGCCUCCUCAGCGCCUCGCCGGGCGCCCGCGUCACCUUUUCCACCCCCGUCUCCGCUUUCCGCAAGAUGUUCACGGACGUCGAGGACGCGGAGGCGGUGGACCACGUCGACGGCGCCGGCGUCCACUACGUGCCCUACUCCGACGGGUUCGACGGCGGCUUCGACACGUCAGCGCACGACAUCUCGUACUACAUGUCCAAUCUCAAGGCCGCGGGGUCCCGCACGCUCGGCGGCGUGCUCGCGCGCCUCCGCGACGCCGGCACCCCCGUCACGCAGGUGGUUUACACCGUGAUGCUCUCCUGGGUCGCCGCCGUCGCGCGCGCGCACGGCGUUCCCGCCGCGGCCUACUGGAUCCAGCCGGCCACCGUGCUCGCCGCCUACUUCCACUUCUUCCGUGGCACCGACGGCCUCGACCAGGCCGUCGCCGCCGCGGCGAGCGACCCGUGGGCGGACGUCCGCGUCCGGGGGCUCCCGCCGAUGCGCCUGCGCGACCUGCCGUCGUUCUUCACCAUCGCCUCCGACGUCGACCACCCCUACGCCUUCGUCCUCACCGCGUUCCGCGAGCUCCUCGACGUGCUGGACCGCGAGGACACGCCCACCGUGCUCGUCAACACGUUCGACGCUAUGGAGCCUGAUGCGGUGGCGACGCUGCGCCAGCACGGCGUCGACGUCGUCCCCAUCGGCCCCGUGCUCUCCUUCCUGGACGCAUCGGCGGCGCCGGUCAACAACAACAACGAUCUGUUCAAGCCGGACGGCAAGGGGUACCUGGAGUGGCUGGACGCGCAGGAAGCGGGGUCGGUCGUCUACAUCUCCUUCGGGAGCCUGUCGACGAUGAGCAAGCGGCAGAUCGCGGAGGUGGCGCGCGGCAUGGCGGAGAUCGGCCGCCCGUUCCUGUGGGUGCUGAGGAAGGACAACCGCGGCGAGAUAGACGGCGACGACUCGUGCAGCGGCAUCGGCUCCAGCGCGGGCAUGGUGGUGGAGUGGUGCGACCAGGGGAAGGUGCUGUCGCACCCGGCGGUGGGGUGCUUCGUGUCGCACUGCGGUUGGAACUCGACGCUGGAGAGCGUGGCGUGCGGCGUGCCGGUAGUCGGGAUGCCGCAGUGGACGGACCAGGGCACCAAUGCGUGGCUGGUGGAGCGGAAGCUCGGCACCGGGGUCCGGGCCGCCGUGAGUGAGAAGGACGGCGUGCUGGAGACCGACGAGCUGCCGAGGUGCAUCGGCUCCGCCACGUCGGAUGUGGUGCGCGCCAAGGCGGCGCUGUGGAGGGAGAAGGCGAGGGCGGCGGCGGCCGUGGGCGGCUCAUCCGAGAGGAACCUCAGGGCGUUCGUCGCCGGCAACUAGCCAGCCGGUAGGCCGGCUUGCCUGCGCUGCAUGGUUCUGCAAGAUCGAGAGCGAAUAGCAGGACGAGACGAGUGACGAGACGGCUCGAGCAGUACUGUGUGUCUGUGUCCCUGUGGAUUCGACACUGCAGCUGUUUUUUUUUGUUGUUGUUGCGAAAGACUGUUCUUUUUAUCAAGUUUGGAUUGCAAACCACGUGUUCCAUGUGGUGCCAAAGACUGUUGUAGUGCUGCUACCUGGGAGAGAUCGAAUGCCAUCUGCAUAUUGUCCGGAUUUCCGCACCAGUGUCAGAUGUGUGUGCGUCAUAGGAUGGCAAUUCUCUCUGUUAAAAUAUUUUUUUGUUAGAGAAAAAGGGGUGACUCAACUUUGUACAAGCUUUAGCCGAAAAUUCUGAAAUAAAUCCAUGAUAAAUGCGAGCA